GACGACUCGUCACAUUUACUUAGAGGGCCAGUGAGUCUAGAACAGUUAAAUUGCGCAAUAGCUGUGUUUACUAUCUAAAUAGAUUUGCCGGUGAUAAACUUUCGAAGAAAGCCGUUAGAGAGCACAAUAAAUCAAUAUGGUUAACUGGACCAUGGUUGCUGGGAUGAUUAUCCCCAAUGUGGGUGGCUGGUUAGGAACGCUCACCAUGAUCGGACAGGUCAAGAGCCCAGACGGAAAGGCGUGGUACCAGCUUAUUCACAAGCCAAGUUGGAACCCACCCAACUGGGUUUUCGGGCCUGCGUGGACUACUCUUUACACCGGGAUGGGGUUCGCCUCAUAUCUAGUGUUCAAAAGCUGCGGUGGAUUCACUGAGAGGGCAAUGAUUCCUCUAUCCUUGUAUGGAGGCCAGUUGAUUCUUAAUUGGCUAUGGACACCUGUCUUUUUUGGACUUCAUCAAAUACAACUGGCAUUCUUCCACAUGCUGGCUCUGGACGCCGCCGCAGCAGUCUGCACCGCCAGCUUCAUGCAAGUGAACAGAACAGCUGGCUACCUCAUGCUGCCGUACCUAGCCUGGCUUGGCUUCGCGACGUGUCUUAACUACUCCAUUUGGCAGCUAAACAAGGAUGUUGUUACUGAUGAAGUUAAGGAUAGAAAAUAAAUUAAAUGUGGCCUUGUGUAGCCGAUAGAUUUUCACUGCCAGUCACUUCUGAAGAUAAUCAAAACUAUCUUCUGGCGCAGUCGGGUAAUAAAGCAUAAAUGCAAUAGAGAUUAAUUACGAAAAGACUGAUUUACAGGAAUGAUCCAAGAAUGAUCCCGUUGCUGUUGAGUUUAAGUUUAUUCCUGCAAUCAAUAGUUUAUUCAUCCCGCACUAUGACCAUUUCAUUUAAUUUUACAGAUAAAGAUAUUUUAAGAAACUAGGUAUUACAUACCUGAGUAUAAAUACUACAUUUAUCUUAUUAAUUAAUUUCGUAAUAAAUACCUACUAUAAAAUUAA